UGAAAGUGAAAAAAUUUGGUGAAACAUUUUUUCUGCCUGCAUAAAAAGAGAGAAACCUGUAAAAGAUUCAUUGAUGAUCUGGAGUCGAAAGAGUUUCUGCUUCGACCAACAAACGGUAAGAUCUGCAGCUUUUACUGAUAAUUUAAUCACAUUUCUAUUUAUAGAUUCAUCUCCUGCAGUUCCAGUUAGUUGGGGGAUUAUUUAGCAAAACAACAUUUGAUUUAAAAUCUGUGGAUAUCAAAUAUUCUGCAAAUAAUUACAGUUUUUCUGGUCAAUUAUGACCUAUGAGAAUCAAUGUAUAACAUGUUUUUCUAUGCUUUACAAAAUAUGAGGUUAGUUAAGCUAAUUAACAAAGGAAAAAAAUACAAAACAUUAACAUAAAAAACAAAAUGCUCAGAGGACAGGAAACAAGGAAAAGUACAAACAAAUUAGUAAAUACGGCAAAACAUUAAAUACAAUAUUGAACAAUUCAUAAAAAUUAACCUAUAUGGCAAGACAAAAAUGACAAUAAUGAACAGCAGGAAAAUGAACUGCCAAUGGGAGGAAUUAAAAAUGAUUAACACAAAAGACAGAAAUGAACCCGUAUGGCAAGAUGUAAACAAUAAAAAUGAAAAACAUUAAGAGAUGAACUGAAUACGGAAAGACCACAAACAUUUCCACAAACUUAGAAAAUUCAACUCUAUAUGGCAAAUUAUCAACAACAAUAAUGGACAUACCAGAAACAUAACCCUUGUAAUAAAUGAUCAAAAAUGAUCAGAACAGCAACAACUGAAACUCUGGCAGCAAAUGCUUGAUAAGAACCGUUACUUCUGGGUUCAAAGCUGAAAGCAGAGAAAGAGAAAGCUGGUUCCACCUCAGCACCAACAUUUAGCUAAAGCCGCUCCAAACCAUUUUCCAUUUCACAGAUUGAUUCCCAGUCGAAAAACAAUCAACUGUAUCAAAAAAUCUGUUUAAGUGUGUCAGAGAAACAGACCAGAACCGACUGCAGUCGCAGUCAAACAAAGAAUACUAGUUAUCACAAGUAGGAGAUGGUGAAAUGUGACACCAGCAGAUUUUGUUUUCAUAUUUUACUCCCUGUUGUUGCCUUUCAGGCCUCCAAUAUGGCAAACAAUUCUGAACUGGUUAGCAAAUUAAAACAUAUACUGGCCAAGCGCGAUGAAGAGCAAGUCCAGCUGCAGGAGCUGAACGGACGCUUCGCCUCCUACAUUGAGAAGAUCCGCUCCUUGGAGCAGAAGAACCAGAAACUGGAGAUGAAGGUAAAGCAGCUGCAAAGCCACGAGUCAACGCGUGUCACUGAGCUGUAUGAGGAGGAAAUCAACAACCUGAGGAUGGCGGUGCAGAACCAGAACCAAUACAGUUCAAGAUUGGAGUUCAAGCUAGAAGACCUGAAAGAAAGGCUGCAAAAGGCGAAUGAUGAAAAAGAAGAAGCUUUGAAAAAACUGGAUUCUUUAAAGGAGGAUUUGAAUGCUCCCACUCUGGCCAGCAAGGGUUUGGAAGCAGAGAUUAAAUCUCUCCAAGAUCAGCUUGCUUUCCAGAAAAAAAUCCAUGAAGAGAAAACUCAGGAGAUCCAGGAGCUGAAGAUUCAGUUCGAGGAGAUGAUGAAUAAUGUCCAGACCGAUGCAGCCAAUUCUGACCUGGCAGCGGUGCUGCGGGAGCUGAAGUCACAGUUUCAGAACACGGCCAACACUAAGAGCCGUGAGACAGAGGAGAGGUAUAAAUCCAAGAUUUCGGAAAUGACAGAGACGGUAAAUACUAAUAAUGAAACCCUGAGGAAGUUAAGCCAGGAGAACACAAAUCUCAAAAACCAGAGCCAGAAAAACCUGAGCAAGAUCAGCUCUCUGACAACCACGAUAGAAGAAAUGGAGGAAAGGAGUCAAACCCUUCAGGAAACCAUCACAACUCUUAAGGCUGAGAAAAACAAGAUGAAGGAGGACAUGGAGGAAUCCCACGAGACAGAGAUUCAAACCCUUCAGGAGAAAAUCACAACUCUUGAGGAUGAGAAAAACAAGAUGAAGGACGACAUGGAGAUCCAACUCCUUGAGUACCAGGACCUGCUGAAAGAGAAGGGGGACCUGGAUAAGGAGAUCGCUGUAUACAGGGCGCUGCUGGACGAGGAAGAGAACAGAACACAAGCGAACCCAGUGGAGGAAAAUCCUAGAGACAGACCCAAGCCCCAAACUUCUGAUCCUAGCUCACAGUGAUUCUCAGCAUGCACAACAUCUUCUGCUGGACUCUGAGCGCCAAACAGCUUCAAGUCAAAUAAAACGUCUUAACUGCUCAGUUCCACUUAAAAAGAUAAAGGUGGAUGCUUACCUGUCUUCAUCAGUUACUUGGUUUGCAGGAAACAGCAGAAAGGUCCAGUGAAGAUGGCGCCUCAAGCUCAUAAAACUCUCAGUGCAGGUUCAUCUCUGCAAUAAGCUUCCA